AUGCCACCGAAAAAGAGAAGUCACAUCGGCCGCCAUACUGCAGCAGCAGCUGCGAAAAAGGCGAACCGCAGCGCCAUAAACGCUUCUGCUGUUGCUGCACAAAGGGCUUCAGAGGACCCACAACAAAGGGCCACUCGACUGGCUACAAACGCUGCGGUUGCUUCAUACGAUGCUGCAUCCACGGCUUCAGACGGUCCGGAAACAAGGUCGAAGCGCAACGCCAUAAACGCUUCUGCUGUUGCUGCACAAAGGGCUUCAGAGGACCCACAACAAAGGGCCACUCGACUGGCUACAAACGCUGCGGUUGCUUCAUACGAUGCUGCUUCCACGGCUUCAGACGGUCCGGAAACAAGGUCGAAGCGCAGCGCCAUAAAGGCUUCUGCUGUUGCUGCACAAAGGGCUUCAGAGGACUCACAACAAAGGGCCACUCGACUGGCUACAAACGCUGCGGCUACUGCUGCUUCAACAUUUUCGACACAUUACCACGACUCAGACCAGCAACGUUCUACAUUCCAGCGGAACAGUCGACGCCGCGGUCUGACGAGUCCAAACAGACCUUACUGGCAUCUACGUGCUUUCAAGUAUGAGCCCAACUUCAAUUACUCGAUGCACGCUGACAUAAAUAUUGGGGAAAUGUUCUUCAAUUGCCAAUUCUGCAAUGCUAAAAAGUGGGCUGGUCAGCUUGCCCCCUCUUCGGGAGCUGCCAGACCCUUUGAAGGAAUUACUUACUGGUUCCACAUCAAGGUCAUCAAAAUUCCUUCAACUCAUCAGGAAAUACAAUUGUGCAUUUCAGAUGACUUCUUUCGGGGCUAACGUUGUCAGAGAAACUGGUUGGAUGCCUACUUUCAAGGUCCAGGGCCAG